AUUCAUUCAAGAGGAAAGAUGAACGUACAACUUAUCAACAACAGAAGCUAGCCGAGGAGGGAUAUUAGACACCCAACCCGACAAUACUAAUCCUAAUAUAGCGUUACAAGCUAGCCAAUGAGUACAGCAAUUAGCCUCUCUCGGCACAAAGGACACAGAACAAGAAGGAUACUGCUGCAAUAACAUCUUAAUAUCCAGAAUAAUAGCAUCAAUGUCUCGAGGGACCUAUUCUGUAGAAGAUAACAGCUUUAUUAACACAAGAGAAUCCCUCUCAAAUAUCACAACAGGAAACUUCUUGGCAAUAGCAAAGAGGUUAGUCCUUCUAAGAGCAAAACCUUCCGCUACAACUACUAACCAUACGCCUAGAGGUUGCACGCAUAUUAUUUAUGUAAUAAAUUUAAAUAAUUCUAUUAAAAAAGAAGUGCAUUGCGUCAUUUAUUAUGGUCAAGUGGAAUUUCAACCCGUUUACCCAGUGUAGCAGCAAACUUCGCAGUGUGCACAACCCGACCCAUAUACUUAAAACUUAUUAAUUAAUCAUAAGCACAAGCAUAUCUUUGCCCUCUUUCUCACCCUGUCUCCCUUCUCUCUAAAAGGUCUCAUUAUCUUCCAAUUCCCUCAACGAUCUCCCUAUGAAAACCACCUCCAACGCCUUCACAAACCCAAGAAUCCCAUCUUUCUCUUAGCCCCUCACCUAAUAAUAUACUUUGCAUCUCUUCAAAAAUCUUCCUCUAUCUCUCUCAAAUGGAAAGACAGAUGAACGCCAUAACUUCUUCUCCAGCUUCACCCACAACCUUUAUCCAUGCAGAUGCCAACACCUUCAGAGACCUCGUCCAAAAGCUCACGGGUUUAGCUGGCAGUAACUCAGAAAAACUCCCCAUCACUCUUCCGGCUGGACUGUCCUCAAAGCUUUCCCAUCCCGUUGACUCCACUGGCCAUCGCCGCUCACCUUUCAAGCUCCAAGAAAGAAGACACACCAUGAGAAAACUCGAAAUCAAACUUGGUCUCGCCACCUCUCACUGCAACUCAUCACCAACUCACUUCUCCCCCCGCCGCCAAACUCAUCAUCACCGACUCGACUCACUGAUCCCGAGUCCGGUGACUCCACUUUCCUCAGAGUCACUCUUUAUCCGUAGCCCUGGAACUGAAUCACCAUCGUCCCCUGCAGUUUCGGAGGAGGAAAAGGCAAUAGCAGAAAAAAGGUUUUAUCUGCAUCCAUCACCGAUGACUACACCGAGAGGAAGCGACCCACCACAGCUCUUGACCCUUUUUCCACUGAGUUCUCCUAGUCAGAUAAAUCAAGAUUAGGGUUUUACUUCAUUUCUUGAAAAAGUGUUGUAGGAAAACACGUAUAAAUCUUGGCUUUCAAAGACUGGUAUAUAUACAUCUUGCAUACGCGAUCAUAUCCUUAGUGUCAGAGAAGAGAGAGAGAGAGAGAGAGAGAGAGAGAGAGAGUAAGUUAAGCUUAAUCACUUGGUUUCUUGAUUUUCUCUGCAAGAAUGAAAAGGAAUAGUUUCCAAUUUACAUACA